GAGUGGAAAUAUGGUGGUGAUGAUCGUGAGAUCUACCUGUGCGUAAUGGACACAUAACAUCAGGAGGAGGAUCUCAGCAAGCACACAGGCUUGCAUUGUCACAGCAAUGAUUGCCACGGGUGGGGUGAUCACGGGGCUCGCGGCAUUGAAAAGACAAGACUCCACCCGCUCUCAGUGUCAUCUACCAAUCCAGAGCCCAGGCCAUGCUCCUGAGAAGAAAAGCACCAAGCGUAAACCUAGAGCUGAUGUGGUGGUAGUGAGAGGGAAGAUCAGACUGUAUUCGGCCUCAGGAUUCUUCCUGGUUUUGGGAGUGCUGAUCCUCAUGGCAGGCAUUGCAAUGGCUGUUCUUGGAUACUGGCCUCAUAAGGACGCCCAGAAGGCACCGGAAGGUCAGUUGUCCAGGAACGAUACUCAGGUCGGCCGAGAGCAGGUGGGCUCCAUUGCGCAAUUCUUGGAGAAGCACCUGCAUUCCGAGAGGAUGAAGAUGUUGGGUCCUUUCACUAUGGGAAUUGGGAUUUUUAUCUUCAUCUGUGCUAAUGCCAUCUUACAUGAGAACAGGGAUCGGGAGACAAAGAUUAUCCACAUGAAGGACAUGUACUCGACCGUCAUAGACAUUCACAGCCUGCGGAUUAAGGAGCAGAAGUGUACCAAUGGGGCCUACAUGGGUCCCUACACGGACACGGAGAUCCGUUCUUUCGGACUGGAUGGCCAGUUUGCCUCAAGGCUCGCAGCAAACACUCUAAUGUCCUUCUCCGGUCUGGAUGGCGACGUCCGGUUCUCCCACAGGACCAGCUCGGCCGAGGAUGACGAGGGUCUAAUGAGUGAGGCCCGGGGUGGCUUUGGCCUGUUGUCGCCUACUUACAAGGACCGUUCUGAAUGUGUCUUUGGGUUCCAUGAUGAGGGCGGUCGCCGGUGGGAGGACAAGCGUGGCGCGCUCAAGAAAUGCCAAACGCACUCCAUCGUUUCGUCUUCCAUCAGCGCCUUCACACUGCCCGUCAUCAAACUCAACAACUGCGUCAUUGAUGAGCCUGACAUCGAUAGCAUCACGGAGGACUCGGAGCUGAACAGGGUUCACUCCAGACCUCCGUCAUUGGAGUCGUUAACAGUACCUGUUCCCUAUGUCGCCAAAGCUUUCAAGCCUUCGGGCGCCCUGCUGCUCCGCAGCAACUCCGCCACCGAAUCCCCUACCUCCACAUCUUCCCGUUCCUCACUGUCUCCUGGGUCCACCAGCGGUAGGUUCCUCUCACCUGGAGCUGCGCGUAAAGACUUCGGCUCCAAUAGCUCCCUCCACGUCUUGUCAGCCCAUUCCAAAUCUCUGGAUUUAGAGAGAGUGCCCACAACGCUCACUGUCCAGCCCGAACAGAGGAAACACCCUAGUUGGCCCAGAUUGGACCGCAGUAAUAGUAAAGGAUACACUAAACUGGAGGACAAAGAGGACCCUAUGGACAGGCUUUUAGUGCCCCCCGUGGCCGUGAAGAAGGACUACACUAAAAAGGAGAAACUUCUCAUGAUCUCCAGGUCUCACAAUAACUUGAGCUUCGAGCAUGAUGAAUUUAUGAGCAACUGCCUGAAGAGAGGCACCUCCGAGACCAGAUUUUAAAACUGAGCUAGCGUCAAAUGUCAAACCAUGACACAGUCCAGCUGCAAUAUAGAAAACAGGUCCAUUUACAGAUAAAAAAAUCACAAGGCCCUUGAACAGAUUGCUUAGGCAGUUGUGCUGCUUUUUUGUUUUGUUCUUUCACUGGAUUUCAGAAGGAUAUUUCACCCAGAAUUUGAAAUACAAAAAGUGAGCCGCACUGCUAAAUUAAAGUAUGGGUAGAGCCGAGCGAAUAAUUCAGUUGCAAACAGGUUAGUGCAACUUGUUCAAAUAUGUUUGUAUUGUUUUUGUUAUCUUUCAGACAGGAUCUAUUGUCUGUUUGAGUACUACAGUAUGUGUGUUGUACCAGCACUGCUAGUUAUUUUACUUUAAAUAAUUUAUUGUUUAAAACACACACUGAUAUUUUUGAAGAGAACUCAUCAAUGUAUAAUUUACCUGUUUCUCAGAAUAAACACAACCUUUCCAGAUA